CAAACCAGACAGAAGACAUCCAAGCUAAUCUGACGCAACUUCUAUGGUGCAGAGGCAGGCAAGCACGGUGGAAUUCAAGUGAGCGAGUAACGCUCCGUCGGAUAUUUGAGGCAAACCACUCACCCAAGUACCAAUCCAACACAUUCAUCCUGCUCCCUGCAUGUUUUCGCAACGAUUAUCGCCCUCACGAAUCAUUUAAGGUUCAACAUCGCCUCGUUGACCCUUAAAAACUAUUCAAACGAACCGCAAAACGCCCCUGUUACAGCCUCCUACACGAUCAACGGCUGGAAAGUGGGUAAACGAAUGUGAGAGGUACCAUUCUUGCUGAAAGACAUCGCCAAACCGUGUCUAUACACUCGAGUGUUGUUGUCAUAGUCGCGAAACAACACCGGAAAGGUCGACCGAAACGACUCGAGGACGGUGUUAUCAACAGUAGAGCUUCGACGCUGGUCGCCAUCGGUCGCGUUACUUUGAACAAACGGUACGGAAAUUUUUGUUGUGCUAAUCACGUGGGUGAUUUACGGGUUAAGAAUCUUACGAUGUUUUUAUGUGUCAGUGCGUUGUUACGGUUGUUUUGUGAAUUCUGUGAGUGUGCUAUAACUUGUGUUCGGAAGAUGGAACCAUUGGGCUUUGACAACAUUCAAUGAGGGCAUUCCGAUAGCCGCAUAUGCAGAAAAGAGCAACAAGCCGAUCAUGGAAAAGCGGCGAAGGGCGCGGAUAAAUCAAUGCCUGGAUGAACUGAAGAGUCUGAUACUUGAGGCGAUGAAAAAAGACCCGGCGCGGCACUCUAAGCUAGAGAAGGCCGACAUCCUGGAGAUGACAGUGAAGCACCUGCAGACGGUCCAGCGGCAGCAGUUGACCACAGCGGUGGCGACGGAUCCAGCGGUGCUGACGAAGUUCCGAUCUGGAUUUUCGGAGUGCGCGACGGAAGUCUCGCGCUACGUAAGCCACUUGGAGAACGUCGAUCCAGCUGUGAGACAACGGCUGGUGUCACAUCUCAACAGCUGCGUGACAAACCUUCAGCAAAUGGCGCCGUUCUACAGCCACUACGUGCCGUAUAUGCCGGAGCGCGUUUUUCCGGAAGUGAAGGUCGGCUUCCAGAGCGACUUCCACAGCGGUGACGAGAACAACAACGGAAGCGCGAGGAUCCAGAUCCCCAGCGGUGUCCAGCUCAUUCCCAGCCGUCUCCCCAGCGGUGAAUUGGCCCUCUUGGUUCCUCAGUCGGCUGGGAUAUCCGCCAACUUCCCGUUUUUUCCACCGCCACCGGAGUCCGCCUCCAAGAUCGGACCUGCUUCGGCCUUCACCGCAGUCCACAGAUCGCAGAGCCCGCUUCUAAGCCCAUCGACGUCGACCUCGAGCUUCGGCGAGGAGAGUCACCACUCGGAGCACUAUCCGCAGGCCCAUUCACCCGGACAGCACCUCUUCAAGGUCCCGGAUCAGAGUCCAGCAUCCUCCUCUUCGAAGAGUUUCUCUUCACCUGAGACCCAGAAGGCCCAUAUCAGCUCGUCGAGUGACCGGAAGUCCCCGGUCUCGUCCCUCACCGAGGUCAAGGUCGAUGUCAAGACCCUCAAGCUGGGAGCGAGUGCCCAGCGUGGCGAGGUGCCGGAAGCUGGAACCAUCGGUUCCUCUUUGCCGGCAAUGAGACUUCCGCUAUCGGUAAUAACCGACCGGCCGUACAACAGGAACUCGAUGUACACCAGGAGGGAGACCCUCAAGCGUCCAUAUUUCGAAAAUCUCUUGGCAAUUUCCGAGAAAAGGAGCAAGUAUUACGAGGCCUCUAGCUCCACUGCCUCCAUCGCCAUUUCUUCCAGCACAACCUCGAACCCGAAACUCAAUCCCGAUGAGCUUCCUAUUUCCGUCGAGGAUUUGUCCAACAAACCAUCUUCCUCCGCUGCAGGUCCUACCGCUCGCGCCGACAACGUUGGACCUCCUCAGGGGUCAAGCGGUAACGGCGACAUGUGGAGACCAUGGUAAUGUUCGAAAAAAGAUGGGAUAUAAAUAAUAAUAAUGAUAAUAAUAACAACAACAACAACAACAACAACAAUAAUAAUAAUAAUAAUAAGACUUCAAAAUGCAAAAAUUGGCAUCCCGAUGAAUGAAGAUUCUCACUUCGUUUCUGGAGUGUGUCGCCGAGUGGAAGAUCAAGUAGACGAAGAAGUGGAUACUUUGGAAAUUUUAUAGAAAUAUUUGAGAAUCAAAUGCCAUUUACUCUCAGAGACGGUAGUGCCUUAAUUAAUAACGAAGCCUGUGUACCUUUAGAUUUAAGUUAUAUAUUAUUCCGUAUGUCGACUGUUUUUAACAACUACAAUACUUAAUGGUUAACUAUUAUUAGUAAGUCGUUGAUAGUGUGGGCCGAGAGAAUUAAAUGAUUAUUUUUUUACAAUCACGUGUGAGUGAUGAAGAAGGAAUGUAUGCAUUUUUGAAAAACAGCUGAAGACCACGUGAAUAUUGAAUUUUAAUUAUGUUGCGAAUAAGUGAACCGUAGCCUCGCAUGGUUAACCGUGGUCUAUUAACCUAAAGACUAAAAUAAGCUUUAACGUAUCGUUAGUCUAUACCUUUCUAAGUGUAAAUAAUUUUUGUAUAUAAUUGCUUUUCUAAUUUAACGUCAAUAUUAUGUGUAGUGGUAAGGAUUGAAUUAUGCAGUUUAAGUCGUUUUCCAAAAUGAUCCGAAGUGAUCGAUAUUCCAAACCAAUUUAGUAUUAUAACUUUGUGAUAAAUAUUGUAACGCUGUUGAAAUUAAUAAAGUUUUUUCCCAGUAAAAUUAUCCAUUUGGAUCUUCGGUGUUAGGAAAUCGCAUAUGUCAAUGAUCCGAAUCCAUGCAGAGGCUCUUGCGAUGAUAAGUAUUUGUAAGGAUUUUUCAAUUGAAUGAAAUUACCAAACUUCUUCAGCUGUUUUUCAGUAUAUCAAUUAAUUAUAUAAGAAUUUUCAACCUUCUUGUGUAGAAAUAGCGAGAUAUGUAUGUGAUUCCAUUAGAUAUGAUUUUCGACAGCAUAAUUUUCUUUGGAAACUAUGAAUACGAGUAUCAAGUGUGAUUCGUUGCUCAAUAAUCACCUGAAUUUUAAAUAAUUAGAAAAUAAUUUACCAAAUCUUUGAAAAAGAUUGAAGAAAAUAAGAUUUUCUUUAAGAAUCUUUACUGUGGUAAGAAAAGAGCGUGCAGUCAGGUACCGUGAUCUAAUAUAAACGUAUUUUGCGAAACUACAAUCCGUUUUCAUCGUCGUAAUCCCAUUAAAGAGCUUUUAGCUCUUUAAGAGGUGCUAGAACGCUCUACACCGCAUAUAAGCGUCAGGUUUCGUUUUACUUUUCUUUUUCUGUCGGUAAGGGAGUAAAAAGUGUCGUUGAUGGCAGAAGAGAACUUCAACCACCUGUUACACCGCAAAAACUGUGUCUAUCCAUUUACCGACCGAGGAUUCAAGCUAGUCUUUUCAGUACCGGUUGAAGGAAUCACGCUUAUGGUAAUAUAACCAACCGAGUAA